AUGUUUUCGCCGCGAUACUUGGCGAUAUUCGCCCUACUCGCCGCCGCUGCGGCCUUCCCGGCUGAAAAGCAAACACCUGCCCUCCCCGAAGAAUUAGACGACACACCAUGGUUCUCAUUCCCCAAGUUUCCCUUCAUGAACUUCUUCUCGCCCAUCUGGGAUCUGUUCCCCUCGAUCGCUGACUUCGGGCCCAAAAUCGAGGUAGACGACAACAAUUUCCGGAUCGUGGUUAAGGUGAACAAUUACAAACCAGAAGACCUAAAGGUUGAAGUGAAGAACGACUUCAUCUUCAUCCAGGGAUCUCACGAAGCAAAGAAGGCUGAACACGACAUUUUCGCCAGCCAGUUCUUCUAUACCUACUCGGUUCCGGCUAACUCAAGCGCUUCAGACAUCACCGCUAAGUACUUCUCCGAUGAGGUGCUAGAAGUCCUGGUGCCACUGCAUGGCAAGGGCGAAGAACGGGUUGACAAACUCACAGUACCUAUUACGGAAACCGGCACGCCGUACAAUUCUGAGAAAACUGAAGUGGCCACAGCGGUGGACGACAAAAAAGAAGUAACCGAGAGCGAACGAGAGCCGACAACAGCAAGCCCGAGCCUCAACGAAGUGGAUAACAGCGCAGCUAACGAGGUGCAGCCCUAA